AUGAAACGGUCAUUUUUUAAAAACGGUGACGGCAUCCUCCGGCGAAUAGAGCAGAUCUGGCGAUGGAAUCGUGCCGGAGGUCAUCAGGUGAACGGGAGGCGUGGUUUCGCUGAGGCAUCGGCUCCAUUUUUUGGUUUGGAGCAUAAAACGUUGGUUUUGGCGGAUCUCGACACGGAUCCAAGCAUUAUCACUGGUAAGAUCCAUUGGGAUCUACCUUUCGAUGGCGGAAUCAAGGAUUGGAGGCGAUUCCAUCAUUCAAUUCGGAUUUCGAAAUCAACACAAAUCAUUCAACUAGAGCAUAUCACGGGAACAUUUGGCAUUCAAUCAGGGAUUCCAAUCAAGUGA